AUGUCGGGCGAAGGCGACUGCGCGGCGUCCGGGACGUGCCGCUACGAGCCGAGGAAGGUCAGCGAGGAUGGAAGUAUGGUUCGAAUCCGUAGAGGGUCGUCGAUUGGAAUCAGCGGCACACAACGCGGCACAGCCUGUUGCGACCCACCGGCUCGCUUGGUCUGUGCUUGUUCAGCUCGAUUCGAGAGCCUACCUCAGCUUGGGGACAGGAGACUGCUGAUCAACGCUACAUUUUCCUUUAUUGGAGUCAUGGCCUACUUUCUGUGGGAGAACGAUGCUCGCAACUACCACGAACGUCCACAAGGUCGCUCGCUACCAGAGCUCGUCCAACGCAGGCUAUCUGGCCAACCGCCUCCUUCGAGCCUGUACGCAGGACCGGAUGCCACGCAGCGUUCCUUGUUCCACAUUCCUUCAGCAUCACACAAAGACACAACAUCACCGACAACCUCGGCAUCAGCAGAUACGAACAGAUCAACAUCCAUCAUCAUCAGAGAUGCUCAGCAGCAGGCAGCUCAGAAUCAAGGAGAGCGCGGUUCCGACCUCCGUGCGCUGCGAACCGCCAUCGCCGACGAAUGGAACCAGUCCGUCUCGGCAAAGCGAUCGUGA